AUGAUCGAUCUCUCAAAAUAUAUAAUUUUAAAUCAAUUUAAAAUAUCCUUCUUCGUAAACCAAAUUCUCGAAAUUGAACUGCUUGAAUAUGGUGAACAAAUACUUGACUUAAACAUGUCUAACAUUAUUACAGCACAAUCAACAGAAAUACAAAAUGAGACUCAUUCAUAUAUACUGCCGUGUAUAUCUUCAACCCAAGAAAUUACUUCUUGGUCAAUUUCCACAAAUAUGCAAGAAAUAAUAAACCAAUUUGAAGAUACAAUUUUGCAUAAAUUCCCAUGUAUUCUCUGUUCGAUUUGUUCUAAACUCAUGUAUCUUGAAAAGACCAAAUGGAUUUCACAAAAUCCAAAUUUUCAAUAUCCACUUAUUACUAUAUAUCCAACUAAACAGUUAAUUACAAAUCCUAACCCACCUUUAAACCAAAUCGCUAUAUGCUCUUCAU